CCAUGCUCAGGUUUAUCCUGGCUGAAGCCACCUCAGUCUACACACACAUUGUGCACAUUUGCUGUUCAUCAACACACACACACACACACACACGCACAGCACAGACAAUAUGCUGAAUAUUGCUGAAUAAUGACUGAUGGAUUUAAUUUGCACAAUCAAAUCAAGGUGUUGUAAGGACAUGUGUAAUACAGAAUAUGAGCAGAGAAACAUGUCAAGUGAGUUUUGUAUUUGUUGCCUUUUUGCAAUGCUUCUCUUUUUCUCACAAAAAAGUCUGUCAGUUUAAAAAGCAAUAAACUUAUGAAUUGAUGAUAAUCACAUUCAUGCUAAGCAUGCUUAUCUGCUUUUGGUAAACGCAAGUUGACGUCGUUAGUGGCCUCACAUGAAGAUGGAAUAUUUACACCUUUGCUCCAAUGCUUGGUUCAAAUGACAAAUGCGUCUUGUUGGAGGACGAGGAUUCUUUAAAGGGGACCUAUUAUGCUUUUACUCUUUUCUGACUUACAGUUUUUACAAUGUUGUAUUCUCAUGUUAAACGAUGCCAAUGCGUCAGAUAAUGAGGUUUGCUCGUUUGGAAGUGAGCCCUGAAAGCAGUUUUGGACGGCUCUGCGCGCUGUUUACAAAGUUUUUUUUUAAACACCAAGUUCCAUUGAUGUCAAUGCAACCUGGAAUUCCUUAUAUUGGUAUGACUGAUCUAGUGUAAUGUAUACUAUGUGCUGGAUAAAGAUGUCCAUGAGGCAGAUGUUUUUGAAUUUAGACUUUAUUUUAUUAGGGUAACAUUACGAAUCAAAAGAAGUACAUUUAAAGUCACCGUGUGUGGAAUUGUAGCAUUUGUUACAUGAUUCCUGUCAGCUGACGUGAAGUCCCUUCCUGAUUCGCUGUCGCCGCUGUGCGGCACAAUGAAAUCCCAGCCGGUGCAAACAAUCAUUGGCUCCUGAUGUGGUUGGCGGCUGACGACGAUGACUCAAGCGGUACAUUUAAAAUAAAAUAAAUACAAAUAAAAUAACUGCGGUAAAAUGCACACAACUUUCACAAUUGCCACCCAUUGUAUUUUAAGCCACUAUGUUGAGUAGGUUCUGUGGAAAAGUUACUUGCCAUGAACUCCGUUGCGGAAAUGUGCUUUCCCCCUGCCCCCUCAUUUUCUUGUUUGUUAAUUAAUUAUUGCGUGACUAAGUGGCUAGUGUUGUCAUUGGAUUAAGUUUUUGUUGUGUUACCUUGAUUUCGGCUGUAAUGUUUUCGAUAGUCUUUGUUAUUGAAUUUUGAGGAUGAAACACAUCCAAAAGUGGAUCCACUGUCAUGUUGUACCGCAUCCAUGGUUGUGUCCAUUUUGCAAGUUAAGUUAAUGGGGCCGCACGGUGGUCGAGUGGUUAGCAUGUUGGCCAACACAGAGAUCGGGAAGACCUGCGUUCGAUUCUCCUUUGGGCAUUUCUGUGUGGAGUUUGCAUGUUCUCCCCGUGUGCGCGUGGGUUUUCUCCGGGUACUCCGGCUUCCUCCCACAUUCCAAAACAACAUGCAUGUUAGGUUAAUUGGCGACUCUAAAUUGUCCAUAGGUAUGAAUGUGAGUGUGAAUGGUUGUUUGUCUAUAUGUGCCCUGCCAUUGGCUGGCGACCAGUCCAGGGUGUACCCCGCCUGUCGCCCAAAGUCAGCUGGGAUAGGCUCCAGCAUGCCCCCGCGACCCUAAUGAGGAGAAGCGGUAUAGAAAAUGGAUGGAUGGAGUUAAUGUAAUGUCUCAUUAAUGUAACUUUAGUGAUGCCUAGUGACCAGAGUUCUACAGUACAUAUGACUUGUCUUUCAAUAUUUGACUCAUAAUAGGCCAUAGACAACCAAAACCGACGAGAAUUAAAUUUUUGAAAAACCGCAAUGGAGUGAGGGAGCGUUGUUUGUACUGCGAUGCGAGGGAUGACUGUUGCAGACUACAGUGGUUCACAGCAGAUGUCCGCUUGAUGGCCGCCAUGGACGACUACUCCCCACUGUCUUUGUUCUGCUAAAAGACAAAUGUUAGUCAGCGUGAUGCUAACCUGCGUAUUUCUAAAACAUGCGUGUACAUUGCAACCGUCGCACCUUGGCCAUGUCGCGACUCCUGACUUUCAUCUUGUUCACCUGGGACUCGGCGAUGUCAGCUCGCUCCUCAGCCUCCUCCAGCUCAUGCUGCACCUUCCUGAGUUUGGUCAGGUGGAUGUUUGCUUGCUCCUCCUGUAUCACAUUGAGCCACUCAAGACCAGCGCCAUGAAGAUAAGAAGUUGGAUGGCCAAAGGCGUUGCACUCACGGCUUCUUCAGCCUGCCGCUUGUACGCUUUGACCUUCAGCUGGAGUUUGUCCACCAGCUCCUGCAGCCUCAUGGCGGUCUUCUUGUCCUCGUCUGACUGCACGGAGGAGCAACCACCUUUGUCAGUUUGCUGAGAAGAAAGAAAUGGCGUAUGUUGUUACCUGAUAAGUGAGUUCCUUAAUCUUGCGUUCCAGCUUGCGUGAUCCUUUCACGGUGUCAGACCCGCGUCUUUGCUCUGCCUCCAGCUCGUUUUCCAGCUCCCUCACCUGCAAACAAGAUGUAUUCAUGUAACACUUUUCCUCUUUUCAGCAGCUCAGGUCAGUCCCUAGUUCACCCUCGCUUCAAGUUUUUGGAGCUGCUUCUUUCCACCCUUCAUGGCGAGGCUCUCUGCCUCAUCCAGACGCUGCUGCAUGUCCUUGACGGUGGUCUCCAGGUUCUUCUUCAUUCUCUCCAGGUGAGCACUGGUGUCCUGCUCCUUUUUCAGCUCCUCCGCCAUCAUGGCGGCCUGCAUGUUACAGUCACGCUUGUUACAUCGCUGCCUUCAGAGGGAACGUUGAGGAUGAACAUACGUCAGUGAUCGCUUUCUUGGCCUUCUCCUCUGCAUUCUGGGCCGUUUGGACACUGUCUUCUACCUCUCCGUGAAUCUGAGACAAGUCCGCCUCCAGCUUCUUACGACCGUUGAGCAAACUGGUAUUCUGCAAAAUAAAUGAAAUUACAAUUAGACACCAAGCAAUCAAGCAUUUCAUCAUUUUUUGCCAUUGGUCAUUAUUGGGCAUUCAUUAUUCCUCAUAUUACUAAUCUCCAUUAUUUAUAGUUGCGUAAUGUUGUGUUCUUCUAGCUAAACAUCACAUUGUGCUGAGAAACUGUAAGCAACAAGUUUUCUAGCCAGAAGAAUGUUGUACGUUUUAAAUCUUUGAGAUUGCAAAAGUGUUUUUGGAUGUUCAAACCUGCGAGUGAAGAAGCUGAACCCUUUCCCCGGCAUCCAGCAGCUCCUGCUCGGCCAGCUUGCGACUCCUCUCCGUUUGCUCUAGGGCAGCUCUGAUUUCCUCCAUUUCUGCCUGCAGGAGGUUGCUCCUGCGCUCGGCCAUGGCAACCUGCUCCUUAAUGUCCUCGUUGCUUCUCAGCACAUCAUCGAGCUGAAUCUGGACCUCCUGAGUGGGAUUACAAAGGGCUCAUUGAGAGUGCAGACCUAAUGUUUGCUGUAUGUUAUUGUUUUAUUAACUUGUUAGCUGAGUGAGUAAAUAUUUUAUAGUAAUUAUAGAAAUAUUUUUUCACUAAUUUAACUGAAUGGAUGAACAUUAAUUUAAGUAGGUUAUAGAAACAAAGUGCAUUCACAUAAUCAGCAGUCAGAUAGGAUGUACUAUGCUGGGAGUGCAUGUGCUACUUUGUACAGAAAAAGGUGCUGAUGAGUCCUACCACGUCAGCUAAGAUGCAAUUCUCAGCUGUUGUCAUGACACAUAUCACCUUAUUCCUUCUCAUAACGAACACAUAAGGGGAGGUGAAAUUUGUUUAAGUUACUAAAGUGGUCCUUGUGGCUUUAUUAAGAUGCAGAGAAUUUCAUCUCCAACAAUUUUCUGACAUACUUUGCUCACCUUCAGCUGAACUUGAACGUUCCUCAACUGUUUCUGGGCCUCUGCUGCUUGCCUGUUGGCAUGGCUCAGCUGGAUCUCCAUCUCGUUGAGGUCUCCCUCCAUUUUCUUCUUGACUCUCAGCGCGUCAUUCCUGCUCCUCACUUCAACAUCCAGGUUGCUUUGGAUGAUGUCGAUGGUCCGCUGACUGUUUCUCUUCAUUUGCUCGAGCUCUUCAUCCUUCUCAGUUAUCUUCUUGUCCACUUCACUCUUCACCUGGUUAAGCUCCAGCUGGACUCGCAGGAUCUUGGACUCCUCAUGUUCCAAGGAGGCCUGCAUGGAGACAAUAGUGGUCACAAGGAACAAAGAUGGACAAUGUUGUGGAUAACGUCUGUUCACCUCAGCUUCCUCCAGAGACGUCUGGGCCUCCAAUUUUUCCUGCUCAGCCUGCUUCUUGGAUUUUUCCAACUCAUGGAUGUUUUUUCCCAUUUCUCCCAGCUGCUCAGUGAGAUCCAAAAUCUCCUCUGGAAUAAAAACACCAACGUUGCUUCGGCAACGUCCAUGUAUAAAAACUAUGUACGACUCAGUGAAGGCCUUACGUUGUAGGUUCUUGUUUUCCCGCUUGAGCGUCUCCACUUGCUCCAAACAUUCUUCAAACGCAUUCUUCAUCUUGAAGUUCUCGGUGCCCAAAGACCGCACUUCUUUGAGAGCUGACUCCAGCUCUACCUGACUCUCCUCGUACUUCUGCUUCCACUCAGCUAAAACCUGCAGGAAGAUGAUAGAAGACUUAAACCUAAACGUGACCAUGAUGAUGUUAAUCUCUGUGUAGCAAGGUCUAAAAAAACAAAACCUUAUCAAAAUUUCUCUGCCUCUUGUCCAAAGUGGCGGCAGUGGCAUUGGACCUCUCGACCUCCAUCAUCAGGUCCUCCACCUCUCCCUGCAGCCUUUGCUUUGUCUUUUCCAGAGACGAGCACUUGGAGUUGACGGCUUCCAUGGCUUCUUCUGCUUCUUGCAGACGCAGUGCCAGCUUCUUCCUGCAAGAAAAAAAACACACCUUGUUAAAAGCCACAAGGCCCCGCUCCCUUGAUGAAGCAGUGUUUCUCACUUGGCUUCCUCCAGCUCCUCGUUACGCUGGAUGGCGUCCGUCUCGUAUUUGGUCCUCCACUGGGCCACGUCGCUGUUGGCCUUGGAGAGGCAGCGAUGAAGCUCAGCUUUGGCCUCCUGCUCCUCUUCGAACUGCUCCCUCAGCAGCUCACAGUCGUGUUGGCUGGACUGCAAGCCGUGGGCCAGCGCGCUCUUUGCCUUCAGGCAAAUGGCAGGCAUGGCAUAUCUUGUUUCUUCUGUCUCACGUGAUUAUUAUUUUUUUAUUUUUUUAUUUUAUUUUAUGCUCACCUUCACCAUCUCCUCGUGAAGCCUUUUCAGCUCCUCAAUCUGCUGAAGGAAGCCUUGCUUUCCCCGGGUGAACUGAGAGAGAAGAGCUUCCUUCUCCUCCAGGUGGCGAGACAUUUCAACUGUAGUGCGAGUGGAAACCAACAAUGACAACCAUGUUCACUUGAUACUGACAUGCUCAGGUCUUGUUUACCGUUUUCUGUCUGCAGCCGAGUGUUUUGGCUAGAAAGGUCGUUUAUGAGCCUCUGCUGCUCCUCCCCUUUGGCUUUGACCUCACUCAGUUGAUCUUCAAGGGAACGGCACAUUUUCUCUAAAUUAAUCUUAGAGGAAGAGGGUUUCCUGUUAGCAUGACGCGGUCAUCAUCCUUUAAUGAUAAAACAUGACACAGCGAUUUAACCCAGCCUCACUUUGGCUUUGGCCACACUCUCCAAAUUGCUGGACAGGUCAUCCAUCUCCAGCCUCAGCUCGCUCUUCUCUUUGUCCAGUUUCUGCCGGACCCUCUGGACGUUGUCCAGCUGAUCCCCCAGCUCGGCCACACUGUCAGCAUGCUUCUUGCGCAAGGCGGCGGACGUGGCCUCGUGCUGCAGUGAACGCUCCUCCAGCUCUCUACGCAGUUUGAGGAACUCUGCCUCCUGCUUCUUGUUCACCUCCACCUGAGCAGCAGUAGAUGCUCCGGCCUCCUCCAGCCUCUCCGUGAUGUCCUCCAGCUCUCGGGACAAAUCUGACCUCUGCUUCUCGACUUUGGCUUGAGCGGCACGCUCAACCUCCAUUUCCUCCUCCAGUUCUUCAGUUCGGGCCUGCAAAUGACAAAUAAUGUCAGGAACUAAAUCCUCAAAGUUUUAGUUUUAGCCUCAGGCAGAACCAGAACUUCUCACCUGGAUCUCUUUGAUUUUCUUCUGAAGUUGUAAACCAAGAGCUUGCUCAUCCUCAACCUUGGUCUGCAGCUGCGAGACCUCAAAGUCUUUCCUGGAGAGGAAGUUCAGCUGAAUAAAAAGCUACAAAGCCUGGAGGACCAACAGGAUGGGGUCUAUGGCAAUGUGAUGUGAUUUAAACACAAAAGUCAGCUGUACAUGAAGCUUUCCUGGAGGAAGUACAGUUCAUUCUGAAGAAAUGUGAUCAUCAGGAACAUUUCUGAGAGGUGGUUGGGAAGGAAAACGUACUUUUUAAGCUUCUCGUCCAGCUGCUGCUUCUCAUUUUCCAGAUCCAUGAUAGACUCCAGGGAUAGUUUUAGGUCACCCUCCAGCUUCCUCUUGGCUCUCUCCUGGUCCAUCCGGAUCUUCUUCUCCUGCUCCAGCGACCCUUCCAGCUACAAGAUGAGUAGAACUCUUAAUAGCACACAGUCAUUGUUGCUUCAGUGUGUGGACGGCCACUCACUUCGUCGACCUGCUGCUCUAGCUUAGCUUUGGCCUUGCUGAGGAUGUUGACCUUCUCCUCCUCGGACUGCAGGUCGUCCAGUGUCUGCUGAUGGGCUUCUUGCAGGGCUUUUUUCUCUUUGGACAGUUUGCUGAUGGCGUCAUCCUGACUCAUGAUCUCGUCUGUCAGGUUUUUCACCUUCCAUCGGAAGUGAGAAGUGAUGAGUCCCCUAAAGUGUAGAGAUUGUAAGCAUCCACUCACCUUGUUUUCCACAGCGUGUUUCUCCUUCUCAACCUUGGCCAAGGUUAGUUCUAGGUCAUCGAUGUCCCUCUUGAGCUCAGAGCACUCAUCUUCAAGCUUUCGCUUCUUGGCUGUCAGCUCGGCAUUCAGCUCCUCCUCGUCCUCCAUUCUCUCCAUCACUUCAUUCAACUUGGCCUCUAGUUGGAUCUUGCUCUUGAUGAGUCCCUCACAUCGCUCCUCAGCAUCCAGCAGGUUGUCCGCCUCCUGACAAGGUGGAAGAUACCGACCUUUACCCACACGUCUCAUGCUCAAGCGUACACAAGGUGAGGAGCUUGAUAACUGCUGUGGUAAGGCUUGAUUUUUGAUGGUGAAGGCGAUUGUAGCCGUGCUAGCAAGCAUGCUAAUUCAUUAUACUGAGUGGCUCUUACUGUGAAUGGUCUUGAAACCUACCGCCUGGACUUGUAGGAGAAGGUCGUUCCUCUCUUGAACAACAGAGACCAUUUUCUCUUCCAUCUCCUUCCGCCGGUUUUCUGACUUGGCCAGAUCUUCUUUGAGCUUUGUGAAGUCCACCUUGAUUUGGGCCAUUUCCUUCUCUGCCUCAGCGCUCUUCAGCAGAGGUUUGAGCUUAAAGUACAGCUUCAUCCAUGGCCAGUGUUUGACAUUCAUGAAGGAACGGAAGUUGUACUGUAUGGUGUAGAUGGCCUCCCUGUGGAAGGGAGCACAUAUUGGAAUCACAGUAGCAGUCAGUGGUAUUAUAAUGCAAACUUCAUUACUUCCUGGCCAUCAUCUUCUGGUAUUCCAGUCGGAUCAGGUGCCCUCGACACCGUGCCUGAGUGGACAUCACAACCUGAGCUAAGCGCUCAUCUCUCAUUUCCUCCAGAGUACCCAGCAGGCCGGCUUUAAAAAACACCUGAAAGAAGCAUCAAGGUGAUUCAAGCUGACCUGUUGAGCAUCACUACCUUUCCAACACGCUGAAACGAUAAGAACCUUUGUGUGCCCAAACUUGUACUGCGUGUGGUCCACAUCGAUGGAGCCCAGAAGUUUCUCAGCAGCCUUCUUGUUGUCCAUGAACUGUCCCUCUGGAACAGCGCUGGCAUUUAGGAUCCUGUAUCUGGAGAAGCAACAGUGGUUCUUGUGCAAGCUGAGGAAAAUGUUCAUGUGAACCUUCUAUUUACCUCUGCUUGAAGUCGCCAUACAAAAUCCUGCUGGGAAAUCCUUUCCUGCAGAUGCGGAUACCUUCAAGCACACCAUUGCAGCGCAGCUGGUGCAUGACCAGGUGGUGUUCCAUAAUGCCUGUGCAGCACAUUCAUUCAUGAAAUCAAGUGUGAGUCAAGACAACAAACAUCCUGCAGCAUGACUCUGCUGCAUUAUAGUGAAGAUGAUGGAAUGCACCUGGAGUUUUUGUUUCAUUCGGAAUGAGACAUCUCACAAAGUGAGGAUGAGUGGUCCUCAGGUUGGUCAUGAGCUUCCCAAGAUUCUCCUGCAAGAAAUAAGUACGUAAGCCAUUGUUCCCGAAGCAUUUGACAUUUUUAGUUUUAACAGCUUGCAACCUAAUUUCUCACGGUGAUGUUUGACCUCCAUAUUUUUGUUGAGUUAACAUGUUCCUACCCUGAACAGUGCUGAUACUGUUUGGAAAGAUGCUCCCUUCUUCUUCGACCCCUUCUUGGCGCCUCCGGAAGGUGCAUCUGCAUGUAUGAAACGUGUUUCAACUUAUUAUCUUACAUUUUUCAUGUUGGAACAGUUUGAUGAAGAGCUCUUGAAAACUUGCCGUCUGUGGCAGAGAAGCUGACAUAAAGCAUCGCUAGGAUCUUGACCGACGACUUCUGGUACAGCUGCACCACAGACUCGUUCAGCGGGUCCUUGUUCUUCUCUAGCCACCCGCUGAUGUUGUAGUCCACAGUGCCGGCGUAGUGCAUCAGAGAGAAGUGAGCCUCCGGCUUGCCCUUGACCACUUUGGGUUUCAGGAAGCAGCUGUUCUUGCCCAGAUGUUGGUCAUAAAGUUUGUUCUUGAAGGAAGUGUCUGUGGAUUUUGGGAACAUGCAUUCCUCCUCCAGGAUGGAAAAGAUGCCCAUCGGCUGGUGGACAAACACACGAUUGUCGUCACAGGUGUCACAUUGACAUCGCAGCAGAACAAAGUGAUCAUCUCACCUUCUCAAUGAGCUCGAUGCAGGCUGCCAGGUCCAUGCCAAAGUCAAUGAACUCCCAGUCGAUCCCUUCCUUCUUGUAUUCUUCUUGCUCCAGCACAAACAUGUGGUGGUUGAAGAACUGCUGCAGCUUCUCAUUGGUGAAAUUGAUGCACAGCUGCUCCAUGCUGUUGAACUGUGGAAAACAUUGUCACAUUCAGGCGAGAAGCCACUACAAGUUCAGGCUCUGAGCUACAACAAUAGAACAAAUGAAGGUUAGGGGAUAAGUAGAACCAACUGGCAAGGAACAUCAUGUCUCCUCAGUGAGCAGGAAGGGGGGGGAGAAAAGCACAUCACUUACGUCAAAGAUUUCAAAGCCAGCAAUGUCAAGAACGCCAAUGAAGUGUUGCCUCGGCUGCUUGGUGUCCAGCUGCUGGUUGAUGCGCUGCACCAUCCAUAAGAACAUUUUCUCAUACACUGAUUUGGCCAGCGCUCCAAUGGAGUUGUACACCUGAAAGAACAAAGAAGAUUGGUGCCACACGGCCGCUAAUUGGAUUUGCAGGAUGAAAGUAGGAAUUAAAGCUCUCUUCAUUCACAGUGGACGGAAAUCUGUCACAUUUAAAACCAGGUGUCACAUUUCAUCGCCUUGCUGCUGUCAGCUUCACACCGUGCAUGAAAUAACGAUACUUGUUAGCAUGUCAUUCACAACUAUGACACAUCAAAUGUGCUGUGUGCUCAGAGAUGGUCCUACCUGCUGCACAUUUUGUCCUUUGGUGACGUACUCGUUUCCCACCUUCACACGGGGAUAGCAGAGGUUCUUCAGCAGGUCAGCAGAGUUCAGACCCAUCAGAUAAGCUGCUUUGUCGGCCUCUGCAGUUUUUAAUCAUUUGAUUCAACGUCCUUUAUUUGCACUAGAAAUGUUUGCAAUAGAAUGUGAACUAGAACAAUAACGUGAUGUUAGUUUGAUGGAUGUUCUGACCUUCAGUGCCGUCUGGCUCCGCCUGCUCCUCUCGCUGUUUCUGCUUGAACUUCAUGUUCCCAUAAUGCAUCACGGCACCCGUGAGCUUGUAGAUGGACAUCUUUUCGUCGGAGGUGAAGCCAAGAAUGUCGAAGGCCUCCUGCAGGACAAACAAGGUGUUCCUCAGUGGUCAUUGCUCCUCUACUAGUAGAAAAUAACUUGUGACUGCACUCACGUCUGUCGCCAUCAACUCCUCAGCGUCGUCGAUGCUUUUGACAGUGAUCUCGCCGUGGCUGAUGAAGGCGAAGUCGUAGGGGUUGGUGGUGAUGAGGAGCAGUUCUGAAGGCAAAUGAGAUGAAAUGUUUGACCUUGAGGUGACCCUGAGAUGACAGUGCGAUCAUUUUACCAAUGAGUUCUGGCUUCUUGUUGCAGGUCAGUUGAUAGAAGAUGUGAUAACUCCUCUCAGCCCCGAGCUGGAAGGACACUCUGCACUUCUCCAGCAGAUCUUUCACCAGGGAAAUUAAACAUUUUUUUUUAGAUGUGAUUCAACUCAUUUGGAAUGAAAGAUCAUUGUAAACGUACAUGUUUCGAUAUCUGCUGACGCCAGUUUUCCGGUGGCACCAAAGUGUAUGCGUAUAAAUUUACCCUGUUUGGGAAGAACCUACUUAGUGUCUGCUUGGAACAACUUGAUGAGGUGCUUCUUUGUCAAAAGCAAGAGACUCACGAAGCGAGAGGAAUUGUCAUUUCUCACGGUUUUGGCAUUCCCGAAAGCUUCCAGCAGGGGGUUGGCCUGGAUGAUCUGGUCCUCCAGUGUUCCCUGUGGACAAAGUGGUCAACCAGAUGUCUCAUCCUCCACCGGACGGCAUCUACAACCAACCUUAAUUUUGCUGCUGUUCUCCUUCUUCUUGUCCGCAGACACGGCGAUGGUGGCAAAGUACUGAAUGACCCGCUUGGUGUUGACAGUCUUUCCCGCUCCGGACUCUCCACUGCAAAUGAUAGUCAUAAGCUGAUGUCACUCCUCUGCCACUCCAGAGAGCAAGAUUGUCUGCUUACGUGAUGAGGAUGGACUGAUUCUCACGAUCUAGCGGAGAAGACAUAAGUGAUUAAGUGACCAAAACAACAAAGACGAGAGGAGUGUCUUUGGGGCGCCCACCUACCCGUUAGCAUGAACUGGUAAGCGUUAUCGGACAGCGCGAAGAUGUGAGGAGGUACUUCCAUCCUCUUCUUGCCUCGGUAGGCCUGGACCACCUCAGGGUUGUAGACCGGCAGCCAUUUGUAAGGAUUGACCGUCACGCAGAAGAGACCAGAGUACGUCUGUGUGCCAAAAGGACACAUAAGAGUUGGACUCGUUGGUGAAUGUCUUUAGCAAGUCUUUAUAGUGUGUAAGGAGGACUUAAAGGAAAACAGCAGCAGCAUUUGAGAGCAUGUUUGCUACCACUAAUCAGAGCAGACUUCACAAGAGCCACCGCCGCUGACUACUUUUUACUUUUACACACCCCAGGCAGAGAAUAACAUUGCUACUUGCUAGGCAGAUCCAGCUAUAGUGAAAUGCUAAGCCAUUCUCAUAGCAUUAGCAUGUAGCACUAGUGCUAAAUGUUUCAUGGACAAAAUAAGACCAUAAUAAAACAGCCACUUACAAUGUCUGCUCUCAUUAGGAUGCUGGCUGAUGGGAUGGCUGUAUCUUUCAGCACAAGACCUGUGCUCCCCGUUGAGCUGGUAAAUCCAGCAUAGUCCUCAGGUAAAAAAUGCUGAGAGCAAACGAGCAUCUAGCUGAGCAGCAGCAACUCCAAUAGCUAAGGUUACCUCUCGGUGGUGGUCUGAGUCACUAUGCUAGAAAAGUAGUUUUUCUAUGUUAGCUACUAAAAUAACAAUGUCGUCGUAGCUUGGUUAAUAUGCAGGCCACGUUAUGUAAAUGGAACAUUGUUGGCAUUUUUUUUUUAACAGGGCUUUAUAGCCGAAAUAGGUGGAUCCCUUUACAUGCAUUGUCAGCUGCCUCUUUUUAGCGGUCUUUCUUUAGAAUGCAUGGAAAAGAAUGGCUUAUAUGUGUCUCAUAUAAGGACUGUGGAUCAUUCCAAAAAAUUCCAAUUCCAAAAAAAGUUGUGUUGCAGUUUUCCUGAAAUCAUCUUCAUAAGAGGAAAAGACAGAUUUGGACCUACAUAGAUCAUCCAGGCGGCAUAGCGCUCCUUCAGGUUGAAGAGCACAGCGGGCUCAUGGAGGUGGGUCAUCAUGGCCAUGUCUUCGAUCUUGUCAAACUUUGGUGGGUUCAUAGGAAACACUUGGUUCUCCCUCACCGUCAGUGUCUGUGGACAAAGAUGACAUCAGAAGACAACCUAGUUGAGGAGACAAAUGAAUAAAACACCUGUCUUGUGUCCACAUACUCUAUCAUCCUCUGUCUUGACGAUGACUUUGUCUUCUGCCUUGUCCUGCACGGUGGCCUUGACAUACAACUCCUUGUCCUCACUGACAAAGCACGCCGUUUUGCUGUCAAAGGGGCGGGAUUGCGCCUCAGUCCUCUCUCGCUCAGACUUGCGGAGGUACUGGGCAGCUGGCCCGAAGAUCGCCAUCUCACCAUCGGUGCUCAUGGUCUCCUGCUAGGGAAGAGACGAGUGGAGGAGAGCGUCUACUUGGACAAACAGGAAGUCAGCGUGCAGCGUGAGGAUGGAGGUGUGAUCAACAUCACGUCGCUGUCACAAGGUCUUUUAUACUUCGCCAUCGUCCUUGCGAGGCAGGACGUCGUGCCCUAUGAGCACAUGUUGGCUUUAGUUUCCGGAAGCUUCUGCUCCUCCUGGAUGAGGAUGGAUCAGAGUUCUUGUUAUAUUUAGAACAAACAUCACAUUCUUUCACUGUUGUUUUGUGGUGUAAAGCAAUGAAAUAGUUCAUAUUCCUCCCAAGACCUUCAAGGAGACUUUCCAGGAAUAAUACUCAAUAAGAAAAUGUAAGAAUGAUAAAGUGUUAGUGAAAUAAACACCUCGUACUCGUGUGUUUAUCCUAACAUUUCCUCUGAUUAGCCAGGAGCAGGGUGGUCUCACUCCAGCUGUUUUUUCAUGGAUCAGGCAAACAGCUGAGGAGCAUUUGAAGAGGAUGGAAGAUGUUCUUGUCAGGAUUAGUGACGGCAGCUGGCCGGGAAACAAAGGCCAUCAAAUCCCGAGUGGAUUCAGGAGGCGACGCUCCAAAGUCAACACUGCUUUGUUGCAGCCGGCACCAUGACAAGCCAUUCAAUGUUACCUUUGAACCUCAUCCUUACACGGACAUGCCAGCAUCUCUGUCUCAUGAGUAUCACAUGCUGUGAUUGAAAAUACGUUGGGUCUUUUGAAGUGAUUUUAUUUUGAAGUAUUUCAGCAUUGGCUGCACUCUGUCUGCACUUAAGGAAGGUCAAAGGUCAAGGCCAUGCGUGCCUUCUGCAGCUGGAAUCUUUCACAGCUUCUUGUCUUCUCUGAAGGACUGAGACGGGCGCAGGUGUUGAUCAGACAGCAACACAAAAGCAUGCCUUUUCCUCACAGGCCACUCGUUCAUGAUGCUGUCAGUGUGUCGGGUCAGAACCCAGCUGGCUGGACAUGAGUGACACCUCCUCUGCUUCCUGUCGGCACUUGUCGCUGAAGCAGCCUCUCGUCUGGACGCACGUUAAAACUCAGCAGAGACACAUUGGUAAGCUGUCUUCAUUUCUACUUUUCUAUUCCAACAUUUUUAGCUUCUGUUUCAUCUUGUUCUAUACUGGGUUCUUUUUGGCUAAAGCACUGGAAAAGAAAAAAAACAACAAACUUUUGCUAUCUUGCAUUCAGCUGAUAUUUUUCUGUCUAAUCGCUCCUCACAAGCCUUGCCCUCAAACCCCUGCAUUGUGGAUAAAAGAAGAAAUCUGAUGCUACUUGCACUCACUCAUUUCGGCUUCCAAACAUCCAAACUUACUGUAACAUAUUCGCAGCAUCCUCAAACACUGAAACAUACCACAUGCCACCAGACACGCGCUGGUGCACUUCAGCGUUUUUUGUUUUUUUUUCAUUUUCUAUAUUAAACGGCAAGGUGUACAUGUUUAUUGGUUGUAGAACGUUGAUAUUUUGUUUGAUAUACUGUAUAUGUUUUACAUUUUUGUAAAUUGUGGUAACUGCAGAAUGUGUUUAUUUAAUUUUGUUAAUUGAUGGUAUUGUGGGUUUUGCCCAACCAAACUAGGUAAAAGUGAUGUUAAAUGUUGAGUUGUCUAUUCUUUUGUCGUUUGUAUUUAUUUUUGCAUCACUUUCUGCAUGUAAAACUGUAAUUAUUGUCUAUAAAAAUGUGUUUUGUGUUAACAUUUUUGGGUGCCUGGAACGGAUGAAUUGGAUUUCUAUUAUUUUCAAUGGGAAAAUUUGCUUUGGUUAGAGUACGUUUUGGUUCGAGUUGGACCUUCUGUAACGGAUUAAUGACGUUAACCGAGGCACCACUGUAGAUUUAAGUAAAUGUGUGUUUGGUCAAUUGUGUUUAUGACAGAAGGUAGCUGACAGGAUGUCUGCACCAAACAAGGAGGAUCGUCUCCUUGUUGGGAGGAGCUACAGGUCACCUGAGGGACUUGGGCACCAUGUCAGCAUAUGCAGCCGAGGUGAGAGCUACAGCCCUUUAUGUGGCGUAGAGUCACGCCCCUUCCACGCCCCCUUUGUGUAGCGCAGAGCCAUGCCUCCACGAACCAUGGAGCCACACUUUUUAUGAAGGCUCCAAGUAUGACCCACGCCUUCAUGAACCAUAGAUCCACGCCACUGUCAGGUAUCACUGAGCCUGACAGGUAUCCCCUUCAUGUAGCAUAGAGCCACGCCCCCUUCAUGUAACAUAGAGCCCCUAAUGUGUCUUCAUCUUCAAGGCUGUGUGCUUGUGUAGUGCGGUGCUGGAUGAAUGUGUAAUGUCUGUCCUAAUGAGCGCUGGCAGCGUAUUGGCUAACAUGUGAGCAGGAAGCAGAUGGUUCUCGUCCCUCUGCUGGCUUCCAGCCCAAAGCCACUGAGCUGCUGCAAGCCACUUUGUCAGCGCUCAGUCGACAUGUCUCCUCCUCCUCACAGCGCCUCCUCUCUGUCAAACAUCUGGAAGGAGAGCUGAGCCGCUGGUGGAAGUGUGUCAGCAUCUCACACACACACACACACACACACACAUACACACACAAUGUUGGUCAUUUGAUGGCCUGCAUGUUGUGUUGUUGUUACGUAACUGUGAGGGGGAAACCUUUAUUGUUGUAAUCUUUCGUUUUUAAUUGGCAUCAUACCCGCGUGUUUAGCACGUCUGCCUCACAGCCAAGUGGUUCUGGGCUAGAAUUUGGCCUCUGACCUUCUUCUCCUCAUGCUUGUGUGGGUUCUUUCCCCGCCACAGUCCAAAAACAUGUCAUCUUCUAGAUUAUCCGCAUGAGUGUGAAUGCUGGGAUAGGCUCCAGCUCAGCCAUCAAGAGGAUAAUGGAUGUAUUUUUCUUCUACCGUACUUUACAAAAUAAACGUUUUAAGUGUGAGAGAACCCGCUAAAUGUAGCAAACAGUUCAUCAGAGGUUAGGUAUUUGGGCUGUUUUUAGUGGUUCCAUUUUAAUUGUGGUCCGUUUCUGCAAUGUUGGGGCCCCAGGGGUCGCUCAGUGCCGGCCGCAUGUAUUUGUUGUCCUCAGUGGGAAAUGUGCUGAUGUGAUAUGCGGCAAGCGGACAGCUCAUGAAUCAAAGGCAACGAGGAAUUGGUUUAACUGAUGAUGUCGCUUCAGUCACGCUGUGGCCACCCAAACGACACCAUUCUACACUGCUUUGCUGUGCUGAUUGCUAGUUCUGUCCUUAGGUCUAGCCCAGUCCUCCUGCAGGACAUGAAGAUCCACUUGACUGAAAACCAUCUCCCCAUCCCAAGUCCACAGUCCUUGCUAGGUGAUGGACGGUGGCUCACAGACACCACUGAGGUCCUGCUGAGGAAGGCUGGUGUCAACAAACAGCCGCCCGGAUCCGUGUCGCCCGCCAGGAAGCGCGUCAAUGAGGUGAAGGAGACCAAGACCACGAUCAACGGCGUGACGUUCCCGCUUCCUGGAGAAGGACCCGAGCAGCAGCUUCUCAAACCUAACGAAUGGAGCUACUGCGAUUACUUCUGGACGGACAAGAAGGACCCUCAGGGGGCAACGUCUGUGGCGGGCUUUGAGGUUCUCCUGCAGAAACAACUGAAGGGCAAACAGAUGCAGAAGGAGAUGGCGGAGUUCGUCCAUGAGCGGAUAAAGAUCGAGGAGGAGUACGCCAAGAACCUGUCCAAACUGUCCCUCAGCACUCUGGCGGCGCAGGAAGAGGGGACUUUGGGAGAAGCUUGGACUCAACUCAAGAAGAGUCUCCACGACGAAGCAGAAGUUCACCUCAAGUUCUCCAACAAGCUUCACUCUGAGGUGGAAAAACCUCUGCUGACAUUUCGAGGCGACAACUUCAAGAAGGACCUGAAGAAGUACGACCAUCACAUCGCCGACCUCAGGAAGCAGCUAGCUAGCCGCUACGCUGGCGUUGACAAGGCUCGCAAAGCUCUGGCUGACCGACAGAAAGAUCUGGAAGUGAAGACCCAGCAGUUGGAGAUCAAACUGAGCAACAAGACAGAAGAAGACAUCAAGAAGGCUCGCAGGAAAUCCACACAAGCAGGCAAUGCUGCUGCUGCUGCUGCUGCUGAUGAUGAUGAUGAUGGUGAUGGUGAUGAUGGUGGGGUGUGCGUGUGUGCGUGUCCUUUCCCUUCAGGAGAUGACCUGAUGCGCUGUGUUGACCUUUACAACCAGACGCAGUCCAAGUGGUUUGAGGAGAUGGUCACCACCAGCAUGGAACUGGAGAAACUGGAGGUGGAACGCAUCGAGUGGAUCCAGCAGCAUUUGCGCCAGUACACCACACUCAGACACGAGACAGACAUGUUCAACCAGGGCACGGUGGAGCCGGUGGACCGGCUGCUGCAGACGGUGGACCCGGCCAAGGACAGAGAGCUUUGGGUCAAAGAGAACAAGACGGGCGACGUGCGGCCCGUGGACUUGGACAUCUGAGGCCACGCGGGGUGUGCACGUGAGCAUGGCGGCUAACACUGAUCCAGGGACAGCGCAUGAGGGAAAGAAAUGGUCUCAGUACCAGCACCAAUAUCAGAACCAGGACCAGCAUGUUCCAUGUACAUCUGCUUGAAUGCCAUCAGACAUUUCGUGCUGUUGUGAUGUCACCAGUUUUCUUCUUUGUAUGAACAAAUCUUGUCUUUAUUUUGGAUAUGAAGAGGAACUGUGAGAGUAUUUUCUUCUGGGUGGAACCGCAUGCUUCUUUGUGGACACGUCCUUCAACUGCAGCAACCUCAACGAGAAGGUUUGGGAAUGCUUGGGAAUGGGAUCAGUGUGCAGGGAAAACACCGGAACACCUUUGAGUGCCUAAAGUGUUCUUGAUCUGUUCUCCAGCGUUUGUCUUAUUUUUGAUAAUUGUACAGCCAUGACGGCCCAGUGGCCCCCCCCUGCUGGUUUUAUCUGUGACUGCAUGUACGUGAGUGUUUGUGUCUACACUGUUUGUGGCGUUUGUCUUCUUUUGUUGAGAUGUUUCAGUGGUGAGUCCACAAAGCUCGCUCAUUUGUGCUGUUGUGUUAAAUCCGUGUUCUCAAUGUGACACGUUCUGUUGACCGCGCUCUUUGCUGCCCUCCUGUGGUGACACUUGCCCAUGUCAUGCUUUCCAUACCAUGUUUGGAAUGUCCACACUGGAAUGCGGCGUCCAUAAUAAAGCUCCUCUUGGAAAAAUCAA